AUGAAACAUUCUUAAUUAGUUCACCUACUGUCCAAAUAACCUCAAUCUAUUGAUUAUUUAGGAGCCACUUAAAUGAGCACUCCAAGAGCCAAUUAACAAUCAUAAUAAACUUUGACUUUACCACAUAAGUAGACAAUAUUAAGUACGGCCUUUGGCAAAGAAUAAAGAUUAUUGACAGAAGGAAAUGAAGAUCUUGAUAUCUAAAAAAUAAAAGAUUUGCAAAAUAGAUUGAUAUCUAGAUGCACUACGUUAGAAUUCCUCAUCUAAGUUAUUACAACACAAAAAAAUUAACUGAAUAGUUUACCAACCAUAUAAAAAAUUGAGUAACUCUUACUCUCAAUUGUCAACACUAUAUAAAAUGCUACAAAAAAUGAAAUUUAGAUAGGUUUUUUAAAUAGAGAAUAAAAGAAAACGUCAAGUAUACUGUUUUACUCAUUUCUAGUGUUUAAUAAAUAAAAAUUUAGGAAGGAAGCUGAAUUAUUUGAUAGGAAUAAAUCAUUACAAUAAGAAGUAGAAAUUAAUUCUGGCAGAAAUAAUAAAUUGAUAGAAGACAAUUUUAAAUUAUAAAAGUAACUAAAAUAAGAAAAAAAUUUAAACGAAAUUAAUGUCAAGAAAAUAAAUGCAUUAGAAAAGAGAAUCGAAUUUAUAGUCUCAAAUGAUAUCAAUAUUUUUGAAAUGAGAUCAAAUAUAACUAUUUUAAUGAAGGAAAAUGAGUAAUUGAAAAGAGAUUUAGAAAGGAAAAAUUAAGAGGUUGAGAGAAUUCAAGGGAAAUUAAAUUAAUAUCAAUUGGUAGUAAGUAGAUUAUAAAAAACUAUUGAUAACUUAAGAAAAAAGAAUGAGGAUGAUGAAGUAAGAGGAUUGAUUAAGAAGGAUGAUAUCGAAUUAUUAAUGAAUUUCAAAAUACCACAAAAUUUAGAUUUUAGAAUAGUAUGUUAGAAGUUAGAUCAUUAGAAUUUAUUAAAUGAUUUAUGUGAGAAAGGGGUUGUUAACACGCUUUAAUAAAUAUCUUAAUAAUCUUAGGAAGUUUAAAAAUAAUAAAUAUCUUAUUAUUGUAAUCAACUUCUCUCAUAUAAGGACUUUUCUGAAAGAUUGAAUUAAUUAUUACUACUAAUGGAAGAAUUCAGUAAUUGUUAAACAAUUGAAGAUUUGAUUUUUAACGUAAAUAGGUAGCUGCCAUAAAUAUUUAAAUGUGAGACAGCCAAGUUAUGGUUGUUAGACACGAAAAAUGGGUUACUAUAUUCUUAUUUAGAAACUCGAUAAUAAAUAAAGGCACUAUAAGAUAAAGGAAUGGUAGCUGAUACAUUCAAAUUGUAUUAAGCGCAAAACAUAGGUUAAAAACCAAAGAAAGCAAUAAUCUAUAGAAUAAAUGAGAGUGAGUAACCAGAAUUUGGAAAGAGUGCUUUGAUAUUACCCAUAUUUUGUAUUGGAUAAAAUGUAAUAAGAGGAAGUUUAAUAAUAUUGAAUUCGGAACAGGAGUAAUUUUCUUUUGAUGAAGAAUACUUUGGGAUUAUAAUUAGUAGUUUUUUGGGAAAUAUCUUAUAGAGGUUGGUAGAUAAGGAGAGUUGGCUAAUAGCCUAAAAGUACAGAAGUUUAAUGAACCAUCAGUUAACAGAUAUUCUAAGAUCCUAAAAUAAGUAAACAGCAACUGAAAGAAUUAAAUUAAGUUUUAAGAGAAUAUUUGGAUUUCAGAUGAUCAGAUUCUAUUUUGUGGAGAAUGAACAGUUAUUAAGUUAUGAAAAUCAGAAAGAAUAGUAAUUUUCAUUGGAUUAUGGAUUAGCAGGGAUGGCAGCAAGGAAUAAGCAGAGAUACAUUGUGAAUGAUAUAAAGAGAUCAGUUAAUUUUAAUCCGAAGGUUGAUUUGACAACAAUUUUGCCGAUUUUUGUUUAGCCUUUAUUAAAUAAAGAGGAUGUGGUGAUUGGAGUGGUUGAGACAUGUUUAAAGAACAAAUUGUCAAUUGACAUCGAGAGGGAACACCUAUUGUAAGUGAGUGAGAAUCUAUUUGGAAUAGAGGAACCUUUAACAAGUCAAUUAUAGAGUUAUGUGGAGUUAUUGGCAGGGACUUUAUCUAAUAUAAAAUUUUGA